GUGGACGAGAGAAUGAGGGGAGAGGGGCGAGAGAGCGAGAGUGGGGAGAAUACGCGAUCAUCUUCGGAGCGAAGAGCUUGGCGGGGUGAAGGAGGAUCGCUGCGAGCCCCUGGAGGCGGGAAGCAGAGGGGCGAGGAAGAAGUGUGGCCGGCGUUGAGCGCAUAUAGGUAGUCGUGAGAAGAGCCAGUCAGUGACGGGUUGUGUCUUUAGUGGCGUGGUGAACGAUUGAGUCGAGCCGCUUGUGUUAAAAAAUGAGCUGGCAAGAUUACGUUGACAAGCAGCUGCUCGCAUCUAGGUGUGUUACCAAAGCAGCGAUUGCGGGACACGAUGGCAAUCUUUGGGCAAAGUCUGAGGGCUUUGAAGUAAGUAAAGAAGAGUUGACAAAAUUGGUCCAGGGAUUCGACGAGCAGGAUAUUCUAACGUCGUCGGGCGUCACCUUGGCCGGCAACAGGUACAUUUAUCUGUCAGGUACGGAUCGAGUGAUAAGGGCAAAGCUUGGUAAAGUCGGCGUCCACUGCAUGAAGACGACGCAAGCGGUAGUUGUCUCACUGUACGAAGAUCCUAUACAACCACAACAAGCCGCAUCGGUCGUUGAAAAACUCGGGGACUACCUUGUUGGAAUGCGUCAUGCCGCACGAGUCGCGCCGGAACUGCCGCAAGCUUGCCGCGCGACAUUCGAUGAAAAGCAACAACAACAACAACAACAACAACAACCACCACCACCACCACAUCAGCAACAAUACUAG